CAGAUAAGGUUCAUUUCACUUUUAGCUAUAGAGCAGUGACAGUGGCAUAUGCCCGGCGACAGAGAGUCAGUCACUAGUAUUUUACUAAAAAUUAUGGGCACUAAAGUAAAAAAUACAGAGAUACCAUUGUCUCUGGAACAGUUUCACAUCUCUGAGGAUUAUGGGUUUAUUCUUCCUGAGCCUCUGAGAGACCUGCCGGUGUACUAUAAGCCCUGGAUGGACAUUGCCAGGAAUGUGCCAGAACUCAUCUCCUCCCAUUCUUUGCGCCUCAGAAUUCAUGAUAUGCCUCUGUUGGAGACUCAUUUGUUACGGACACAUCGUGAGCUGCGUUUGGCCCAUCUGGCGUUGAGCAUAAUGACUAUGGGUUAUGUAUGGCAGGAGGGAGAGAGAGAAACAGUAAAAGUGCUUCCACGGAGUCUGUCUCUGCCGUUCUGUGAGGUGUCUCAGAGACUGGGUCUGCCUCCGAUUCUCAUCCACGCUGACACAGUCCUCGCCAACUGGAAGAAAAGAGAUCCAGAUGGACCUUUUUCUAUGGAGAACUUGGAGUUGUUGUUGACGUUGCCUGGUGGGGGAAGUGUAAGAGGAUUUUUUCUGGUGACACUGCUGGUGGAGUUGGCAGCUGUUCCUGGUCUGAAGUCUAUCCUUGAUGUCAUCAACGGCGUCCAAUAUAAUGAUGUUGCUAUGGUCACCAAAGCUCUGGAUGUUGUCAGUCAGGCCAUAGACAGCAUGAAACAGGCCUUUAAACUAAUGCAUGAAUAUGUAGAUCCCUCCAUAUUCUAUGGCAUUAUGAGGAUCUAUCUGUCUGGAUGGAAAGAUAACCCAUCAAUGCCAGAAGGUCUCAUCUACGAGGGAGUUCAGGAGAAGCCAAUGGAGUUUUCAGGAGGCAGUGCUGCUCAAAGUAGUAUCUUACACUGCUUUGAUGAGCUGCUGGGAGUCCAACAUGAAGGCAGCAACGGGGCCUUCCUGAAAAGAAUGAGGGACUACAUGCCGCUCUCUCAUAAGCAAUUCAUUGAAAACAUCUCUAGUUGCCCAUCAUUGCGCAGCUUUGUGCUCCAGCAAGCGGAUGAGCAUCUAACACACACAUUUGAGCAUUGUGUGGCUCGCUUGGUGGACUUUCGAAAUUACCACAUCAACAUUGUUACCCGUUACAUCACUAUCCCGGCCUCCCGUGCCAAACAGCUCCGUGCCUAUAAGCAGGGUUUGGCCGAGGAGCUGGACGCGAUCAGAAGUGCACCCAAAGCGCUGGAGGAAAGAGGUACUGGAGGGUCAGGGCUUAUGACCUUUCUGAAGACAGUGCGUGACGAAACCAAAGACACUUCAAUCUCACAGUGUACUAUUGGAAACCAAGUCUCGCCAGACCCAUCGAUAACAGAAAUACAGAAGGCUGCAUCUGAGCUCACAAUAGAAUGAGAAUAGCACCAAAGUAUCUUGGAAUGGUGAUUUGACAACCAAGGCUCAUUGGAAAAAUUUACCUGUUGCGACAUUUCUGCAAAAUGAUAUUACAUUGCUACUUGUGCUACUUUGCGACACUUUCAAAGUGAAAUGUCCAGUGAGUGACACUAAAAACAUUUAAUUUCAUCCACAACAGAUUAUUAUGUUGGUUGUUAGUCUGUACAUAGCCUAUAGCAGCUGUUUGGAAAUUAAAUGUCCAGUGAGUGGCACUAAAAAUGUACAUUUACUCCAAGAUGUCUCCAAGAUCAUUUAAGAUGUAGGUUACUUUUGUCUUCAGAAGAACAGUAACAAAGAUUCUUGAUUCAGCUACUGUCACUUUGAGAGUCAAAAGCUUCUACAGGCAAGACAAAAUUAUAAUAAUCGCAGGCCCUGACGAUAAAUUGAGGUGUGAUGAUAUAUUGAAGCAAAACAAUUGAACUAUGCAAGAAACUGAACAUUAUUUACAAUCAGACUUGGACCGAAGAACUGAUGAGCUGCUGAUACGAGCAUGCAUAAACCCUAGCACUUGAAUGUAAAAUGGUGAGAUAUUUACUAGUUUACUCACUUUCCAUGCUUUAGACGUAAAACAUCCAUGUUUCACAUAAUUAUUGUGUGUUUUAUACGUAAACUAAUUGGUGAAUUGGUUAUUUGAACCAGUUCGUAGAAAUGAACCAUCUGAAAGAACCAAUUUCCCAGAAAAUAAUCGGAUUUCCCUGUUUGCCUGAGGCAAUUGAUUACAGGUAAUAGUGUUAUAAAAAAUAUUCAGUUUCUUGAUUCAACAUAUAUUUUACAAACUUACCGGACAGCCAAAACAAUGAUACUGUAUGUGUGCAAAUUGAGAUUCUUUUUUAACCAGCUGAUAACUCACAAACAAGUAUUUGUUACAAGUAA